CUCCAUGAUGGUGCACACGAACGCCCUGGCUGAUGCUCUCAGGGGUAUCAACGAUGCCGAAAAGAGAGCCCAGGUUCUCAUCAGGCCGUGCUCCAAAGCCAUCGUCCAGUUUCUAACUGUGAUGAUGAAGCAUGGUUACAUCGGCGGAUUUGAAAUUACUGAUGACCGCAGAGCUGGGAAAAUUGUUGUGAACCUCAGGGGCAUGUUGAAGUGUGGAGUAAUCAGCCCAAGACUCGAUGUGCAACUCAGAGACCUAGGAAAAUGGCAGAACAACCUGCUUCCAUCCCGUCAGUUUAGUUUCAUUGUGCUGACCACCUCAGCGGGCAUCACGGACCAUGAAGAAGCAAGACAAAAACACGGGAAGUCCUUGGAUUCUUUUUCUAGUGGCUCCGCUGAGGACUGCAGGGCCUGGCUCUCUGUGAUCAUCCUGGGCUGGCGAUGGCUGGCAGCGGCCACCCCCAGGCAGCAGGCCAACAGCAUGGAGAUGCCAGCUGGCUCCCCUGUUUGUACCACCCCAUCUGCUAGAUGA